AUGUCAAAGGCCGCGGCUGUCAAGGAGGCCGUCAAGGAGUCCCUCGUGGGCCACGACGAGCCGGUCCAGCUCUCGGCCCAGACCAAGGCGCGCUUCGCCAGCAAUGCCGUCAAGGACCCCGAGACCGGCGAGCUGUAUAUGGGCCCCGACGAGUUCAUCAACGCCGUCGCCCCAAAGAACGAGGAUUAUCACAAAAUCAAGCGCGAGCAGUACUCGAUCUUGUUUCGCGUCGCCGACAGUAAGGGCAGCGGCCGCGUUAACCUGACCGACUGGGGCGUCUUCGAGAACCUCCUCCUCAAGCCCGACGCCGAGUACGAAAUCGCAUUCCGCCUCUUCGACGUCGACCGCACUGGCACCGUCAAGUACGAAGAUUUUCGCAAGCUCUACGAGCUCAACAAGGGACCCGACAACAUUCCCUUCGACUGGGACUGCGAGUGGGCCAAGCUGUACAUUGGCAGCCAUAAGAAGCGCCAUGACUUGAGUUAUCCCCAGUUCGCGCAGAUGCUGCGCGGCCUGCAGGGCGAGCGCAUUCGCCAGGCCUUCCAGCUCUUCGACAAGGACGGUGACGGCUACGUCAACCCCGAGGAUUUUGAGCGCAUCAUCCUCGAGACGGCCAAGCACAAGCUCUCCGACCACCUCCUCGCCAACCUCCACACCCUGUGCAACAUUUCCAGCAGCAGCAAGGUCUCGUACGCCAACGUCCGCGCCUUCUUGAAUAUGAUCAAGGAGAUGGACCUGGUCGAGCUCAUUGUGCGCCGCGCCGUCCUCCGCAGCAGCGACGGCAAGAUCACCCGCUCCGAGUUUGUCAACGAGGCCGCCAAGGUCACCCGCUUCUCCCUCUUCACGCCCAUGGAGGCCGACAUCCUCUUCCACUUUGCCAGCAUCGACGAGCCCUCGGGCCGCCUCGGCCUGCACGACUUCGCCAAGGUCCUCGACCCCUCGUGGCGGAGCCCCGUCUACGACACCGACGAGACCGCCAUGGGCGCCCUGCAAAAGGCGACGACCAAGAAGGCGGCCUUCCUCCAGCAGGCGCUCGAGUCCACCUUUAACUUUGCGCUCGGUAGUUUGGCCGGUGCUUUCGGUGCUUUCAUGGUGUACCCCAUCGAUCUCGUCAAGACUCGGUUACAGAACCAGCGCGGCGCGCAGCCCGGCCAGCGGCUGUACAAGAACUCGAUCGAUUGCUUCCAGAAGGUGUUCCGUAACGAGGGACUCCGCGGCCUGUACUCUGGCGUGCUGCCGCAGCUCGUCGGUGUCGCGCCCGAAAAGGCCAUCAAGCUGACGGUCAACGACCUUGUUCGCGGCCACUUUACCGACAAGCAGGGCAAGAUUCACUGGGGCGCCGAGGUUCUGGCCGGUGCCAGCGCCGGUGGUUGCCAAGUCGUCUUCACCAAUCCCCUCGAGAUCGUCAAGAUUCGCCUGCAGGUGCAGGGCGAAGUUGCCAAGACGGUCGAGGGCACCCCAAAGCGAUCGGCCAUGUGGAUCGUGCGCAACCUGGGUCUCGUGGGCCUCUAUAAGGGCGCCUCGGCAUGCCUGUUGCGCGACGUUCCCUUCUCGGCCAUCUACUUCCCCACCUAUAGCCACCUGAAGAAGGACUUUUUCGGAGAGUCGGCGACGAAGAAGCUCGGCGUGCUCCAGCUCCUGACGGCCGGUGCCAUUGCCGGCAUGCCUGCAGCUUACCUGACGACGCCUUGCGACGUGAUCAAGACGCGACUGCAGGUCGAGGCGCGCAAGGGCGAGGCGACGUACACGGGUCUGCGGCACGCGGCCAAGACGAUCUGGAAGGAGGAGGGCUUCACCGCCUUCUUCAAGGGUGGCCCCGCACGUAUUUUCCGAUCGUCGCCGCAGUUCGGCUUCACGCUGGCGGCGUACGAGGUGCUGCAGAAUGUGGUGCCGAUGCCGGGCAAGAAGGGCGAGGUCAAGAUGCACGGAGGCGUGGCCGACGCCAUGGCGGCCGUCUCGACGGCGGGCAGCCUGGACACGAGCCCGUUCGCGCGCAGCCGCAACGCGCUCAAGAUCAUCCUGGACCUGGACGAGGACUUUGGCAAGAUCAAGAUGCCCAACGAGAAGGGCUGGCGGUCGCUGCCGCGGAUCAUGGGCGGACGCGGCGCGGCGCAAUGA